GUGUGUUGGCCUGCUGUCUGUAGCUUUAUUCGUGCUUGUUUGUCUCGGACGCUGCAUCCACGGAUGCCUUCGAGGGAUAACCUUUGACUUUGGCAACCCUCUUUGCGAUAGUGUGCACUGACUACUACAUCGCUUAUUCAACAAGGGAGAGAAGGACUACUGCUGCUGUACGUGCAAGCUGUGUGUUCGCCGAGGGGACAACUAAGGACCGAAAGGGCCAAUGGAGGCUGCGUUUGAUUUCCCUCUGGGCUCGUAUUCUGCGCUCAAUAAGACCUUCACCAAGCUGCAUGUGGAGGUCGGGGGGAGGACUGCGGCGGUCGGUAACAACAAGUCCUUGUUGGUGUUCAAUUUGGAAGAGCCCGUUGCCAAAGGGGCUCAUGCCGGAAGCCUGGAUGGCGACGAUCUACACAAGCGUGGCAUCGUAUACCGGUACAAGGACGAGGCCAAGCGCCUGUUCGCCAUCAGGUUCAACCCCCAUCACAAUCGCAGGAUGUUUUUGGCGAGCGCGAAAGGACAGCUGGUUCAUAUCUGGAAUCUAGAAGAGAAAGAUGAUGCUUCAGGUUCUACUAGGGGGGUCACAACCCUACGCCAGAUGACGACCGCAAAUGUUCUGGACAUUUGCUGGUCGCGUUUCGACGAAAAUUUGCUGGCAGCGGGCGACUGCUUGUGGGACACGAGGAAAGCAAACCUUGUCCAAGCAUGGAAAGUACCGGGUGGUGACAGCCGGGUGUUGACAACCCAAGUCUCGUUCAAUCGCAAGAAUCCCUACCUUCUUGCCUCUUCGCAAGUGAACCAAGUAUACAUCUGGGACAUGCGCAAGGGACAAAAACCGAUCGAUACGAUCCCAGUAUCCCUACCAUCUGAACACGUAACUAGUCUGGACUGGAGUUCCGGAAGCGAGUAUGAUCUGCUCACCAGUGGCGGAGACAACUUUAGUUUGUGGAGGGUCGACUCGAACAAAGCGAAACAAAUCGCCUCCGGAGGCAGCACUUCUUCAACAAGCCAGGGCACCUCCGUUCUUCUAAAAAAGCGGAAGUGGUCGCAGCCCGUGAAGAAAGUGCUCUUCGCACCCUUCGGCCAGGCGGCGAUCACUGUGUCACGAGGGUUUUUCGAGGGAAAGCAAGAGCUGCAAACGAUCAAGAUGUGGUCGAUCCCGAGCCAGGACUUGCGACUUGUUGCCACGUUCGAGGCAGGAGUAUUCCCUAUUGUGGGGGUAUCGUGGAGGUCAACCGACGAUGGGUACCAGGUGGCAAGCUUGGACGCCGCAGACCACUUGCGCUUGCACAACGUCGAAAAGCUAGACUUCGAAAGCCCCGGCAAGGAUUUGCCAGCCGGCGAUUCUUCGGGUGGGAGGGACUACGGAUCAACAUUAGGCUCGGAGUCACUGGAGACCUCUGCCACGUCGAAGGCUCCUGUUCUUCGAAAGGAAAUUCUUCCGGUGGUUUGGAGUUUAUCGGAGCCGCAGAAUGCCGCGCCGUUCAAGAUGGCGAUUGAAACCACCUCAGAUAUCCCUGUCAGGGAGCUUGUCCAGGUUGAGAACAUCGCCCGUCGCGGUGGGUUCGGGUCUGUGCGAAGUGUGGACCUACAGGUAGCGCGAAAAUGCAUAAGCUUGGUCAUGGCUGCAACAGCGGAAGCUACACAGCCACCGAGUGCUCACGAGGCGGAGCCGCUUGCAAUACGCGACCAUCGAAAUCGUGAUCCAGGAACGGAGGACGCGCCGCACACACCGGGGAGGACGUACCUAGUAAACUCUUGGCUUCGUGUGACAGCCAGGGUUCAACCAGGACACUGGUCGAGAGAGGCGAACGCGAUAGUCGACCUGGCGGCGGAACAAGGGCCUGUAUUCUCCGCACCCUUCGACCUUGCCACAGUCGUGUGCGAAGACCCGCUCGAUGAAGCGACCCUGAAGCGAAUGCAAGCAGCCGCAGAGGAAGUCAUGCACCGGCCGCUCAAGACGGGGAAGUCCCGGUUGGAGGCCUGCCUCGCUCGAGUGAGACGUGAUCUUGACGCGUGUGUCAGGGAUGCCGCCAACCAGGCAGCAGGAGUCGUCGAGGGAGACGAAUCUCUUUCCCAGGUUGGGCUGCAGGCAAGUUUCACACCUUGGCACGGAUUCACGGGGAUGCUGGUGUGUGCGUGGGUCAUGUUUGCUUUCACGACGUCAUUGCUAACUCGCGUCAGGUGA